AUGUUGUCCACGUCUGCUGUCCUCCAGUAUCCGAAGUUGAAGACACAUCAAGGAGCCAAGAAACGAUGGCGGUCCCUGCCUUCAGGCCUUUUCAAACGACCCAAAGCCGGACAUCAGCAUUUGAACACUCGCAAGAGUUCUGCGCGGAAAAAUGCGCUGUCACAAACCGCUUACUCUCAUGGCUCACAAACUGCGACACUCAACAAGCUACUACCUUACGGGUCGCGUGUAUGA